GUGAGUUGUCAAUUUUCUGUCAAACACAUUCCUACGUAGUGCGAACGAAACAUCUGUAAAGUAUCUCUCGCUGUGAAUAAAGCAAUUAUUCUUCAAAAUGUUAGACUUAUUCAGCAUCUUUAGUAAAGGAGGUAUAGUGCUAUGGUGUUUCCAGAGCACGAGCGAAAUUUUUUCGCCGUCUGUGAACGCUCUGAUUCGUAGUGUGAUAUUACAAGAGCGUACAGGCAACAACACUUUUAACCAUAAUGCCUUAUCAUUACAAUACAAACUCGACAAUGAGUUUGAGCUGGUUUUUGUGGUGGCUUACCAGCGCAUUCUGCAGCUUUCAUAUGUGGACAAGUUCCUCAAUGAUGUGCAUUUGGAGUUUAGGGACAAGUACAAGAAUGAGCUGCAAGGAGGGCGGCAUAUCAUGGACUUUGACUUCAAAGCCUCAUUUGAUAAAGUCCUGCGGGAUUGCGAAAAAUGGGCAAAAUCACAACCUAAAAUUCAAAUGAGAUCAUUCGAAGACUCACAAAAGUCCAAAAAGACUGUUGCUUCAAUGAUUGAACGUAAGGGAGAAGAGAAAUCAAAGAAAUCAGUGAAAAUAGUUGAGAACAAGAACCUGACUAAUGGCAAGGUGGAGGAAUCACCGGAGGCAGAAGAUGACGUCAUUGCUCUGAACAGGGCUAAGUUAGCUCAGAAACUCGCUUCUAAAGGAAAGAAGGAAUUGCCUAAGAAGUCCCCGAAGUCCCCGAAGGUGGAGCGCGUGAAGCAGCCGCGCGUGUGGGAGCUCGGCGGCGGCGCCCGCGACCUGCCCGCGCUCGACCGCGGCACCGACCGCCCCGCCGACUGCGACAUCACGCCCGACACACAGUUGAUCGGUCAAAUGACGGGCGCUAUCCGUGACUUGGAAGUGGAGUCAGAAGAGAGCAGCAGCGAGGAUGAGGUGGAACACUCGGCGCAGCCAGCCGCCAAGAAGUCUGGUGGCAUGUUCAGCAUAUUUAAGGGUCUGGUAGGCUCUAAGGCCUUAACAGAAGAGUCGAUGCGUCCGGUGCUGGACAAGCUGCAGGACCAUCUGAUCGGCAAGAACGUCGCCGCCGACAUCGCUAACAAACUGUGCGAUUCUGUCGCUACUAAGUUGGAGGGAAAGGUGCUAGGCACAUUCGACAGCGUGGCUAAGACAGUGAAGGCGACCCUCACAGAGUCGCUCGUGCUGAUCCUGUCGCCCAGGCGCCGCGUGGACAUCCUGCGCGACUGUAUGCACGCCAAGGAGCAGGGGAGACCUUAUGUCGCUGCUUUUUGUGGGGUAAACGGCGUAGGCAAAUCGACAAACUUAGCAAAGAUUUGUUUCUGGCUGAUCGAGAACGACAUGUCAGUACUGAUCGCCGCCUGCGACACAUUCCGCGCCGGCGCCGUCGAGCAGCUGCGGACACACACGCGGCAUCUCAACGCUCUGCAUCCCGAGGCCAAGCAUCACGGGAGGAAGAUGGUGCAGCUCUAUGAGAAGGGAUAUGGCAAAGACGCAGCCGGAAUCGCUAUGGAAGCGAUUCGAUACGCAAACGAUUCUAAAAUCGAUGUCGUCCUAAUCGAUACCGCCGGCAGAAUGCAGGACAACGAACCUCUCAUGAGAGCUUUGGCCAAACUCAUCAAGGUCAAUGAACCCGACAUGGUUUUAUUCGUCGGCGAAGCUUUAGUAGGCAAUGAGGCCGUUGACCAACUAGUUAAAUUUAACCAAGCGUUGGCCGACCACAGUUCAUCGACUAACCCGCAUGUUAUCGAUGGAAUAGUGCUUACAAAGUUCGAUACUAUUGACGAUAAGGUGGGGGCCGCUAUAUCGAUGACGUAUAUUACGGGGCAGCCGAUUGUUUUCGUAGGAACGGGACAAACUUAUACUGAUUUGAAAGCCUUGAAUGCUAAAGCUGUGGUUCAUGCGCUCAUGAAGUAAUUUGGAAGCUGUGUGUGGACUAUUUUUGGAGUCCAAGUUCAUAUAAGAAUUAAAAGGAAUCUGAUUGCAUUCUUGGUAUGUGGAAUGAUAUGAAUUACUUACCUCCUUUUGAACCAGUGACUACCUAUCACUGCCUUGAAGAAUUUCCUAAAUAAAUAUCUAUGAGCAUGUUCAUAAUCUAAAAUUCAUUUCUUUAACCAGAUGUUACGUUGCUCUUUUCGAUACGAUAUUUUGUCCCAUUUCAAGUAUUAGAGUUCUAUAAACGAGUAAUACCAUUCCUAUCUCACCACACAAAUAUUCCUAUUAUAUUAACGGACUUCAAAAAAGGAGAAGGUUCAAGGUAUUUUUUUCGUCUCAACGUAUUUAUAUCGCAUUUUAGCAAAUGGAUGACAAAAGCAGUCUACACGAGUUUUCUUUUAUAAAUGGUACAUUAUGAAUACAUAUUAUAUUAUGAUAAAUAAUUUUAUUGAUGUUUAAUGAAUUUCUCCCAACGUUCAAUCAAUAUGGUGUUAUGUUCACAAAUAAAUGUUUUAUUUUCUUAUACUUUUGUUUUUAUUCGGGUUGUGUUACAGGGUUGGUGCAUACUGACGGUUUUUUAAUUAAUUAGGAAACAUAGUUUUUAAUAUUGUGUGUUAGUAAAAUAUAUGUUUAAUGUCGAUAUUUUAAUGAUCAAUGUUGCUAUUAAAAGUUAUUUAAAAUAUUGUAUGUUUUAAUUAUUAAAGAAUUUUAUCGUUAAAUUGACAAAUCUAUGACCACCAGUAUGCAUGUAAAUAAUGAUGUCUAUUUUAGUGAAUCUUACAUUCAAUUGCUUUAUGUACUACGUCAUAUUAUUAUAAUAAUUAUGUUGUAAUUAUUAGAAUUCUAUUAUUUUUGAGAAGCAUAAUUCAUUGUUUUAAACGUAUUUUUUAAUCGUUGCUGUCAAUGUUACUUGGUCCUGGUCUUUUUUGAUAUCUAUAGAAUUUAACUUUACUCAGAAUAUCAAUAGAUUUAAUAUGCAUAAGACUAAAUUCUUCUUACUUCUCAAUACUCAAUUUUCAUAUUAUCUCGAAAGUUCUAACUGCAUCUCAAAGUUUUUGCCAAUUUUCCAAAAAGAUUUUGUAAUUUAUCAAAAAACACAUUUCUUGUUAAAAGCGUAUGACAAGUGCACGCCAUAUUAAUUUCUUAAGUCUAUUGUAGAAAGUUUCUUUUACUUUUCUCUUGUUAGUAUAUUCCUAUAUUGUAGUACAGAUAUACUCAAUCUUUUCAAACCAAUUUCCCAAUUUCAUAUUUCAUUCUUGUUGAGAAAAACAUAAUAUCUACUUCUUCCAUGCUGAAUAAACAUCGUCACUUAAAUACUGCUAAAUGUUAAAUAAAUAAAAACUCAGGUAUUGAGAGAAUACUAGAAAAAAAUAAUUGAGGGCGAAAAUAAAUCCAAAAUUAGAAGAAACCUAAUUAAAAAAAAAUAACAGAACUCGCUACAAAGGUUGAGUAUCCCUGUCGUAGUAUAAAUAAAAAAAUAGCAUUAAUUUUGAGUGCCUUGUAUUGCUUAAAACAUUGGCUCAGUUGUAACAUUUUAUACGUUCAUGUCGUUUAAGCGAAAAUUAAGCUUUUCAUGACACAAACACUGCCCAUUCCCUUUUGGGUGAUAUCUUAGAAAUUUGUACAUUUUUUACCGCGGCUUGAACGAGAACAAAAUCCUAAGUAAUUGUAAAAUGUAAUUUAUAUCCACCUUUGAAGUAAUUAAAAAAUCUGGAGAAAUAAUCAGCUAGGUAUAAGUUUUGCCGAAUAAUGGAACGGAGGCUUGAUAAUUUUUUUUAGUCAAAUAUAAAGCCUGCAUAAUUUUUGGCAAUCAUUUGAUAUGGAAUUUUUUUAGAUAAUUUACUGCGUGUAGUUAUUGCAAAUGUAUAUGUAUUGGUUAAUGAGGAUUUUUCAAACAUUUCUUGUAAAUAAUGUUUAUAAUAAGUAAAUAUUGGUGUCUAUUCGUAGUUUCGAAUACGGUGCUCCCAAACCCCACCUAGAUUUUGACCAAAUGAAUAGAAACAGCCAUUAAAUUAAAUUGUAUUGCUUAUAGAAAAAUCCUCCAUAACCGAGCAAUUGGAAGACCCUGGAAGAAUCAUGGUUAAAGGCAUUAUAGGCCUGUAAACAAUUUUAUUAUAAAUACAGAAGAUUUAAAUAAAAUAUACUUAUCUAUUA